AGUGGAGAAUUUAGAUGGACAUCAGAACAUCAGAAAGCCUUUGAAAAUAUUAAGAAGGCCCUGCUGACUGCGCCAGCUUUGGCACUGCCAGAUCUAACCAAGCCCUUCAUCCUCUAUGUUGAUGAGAGGGCGGGGGUGGCCAGAGGAGUUCUUACUCAGGCUCUAGGGCCGUGGAAGAGGCCGGUGGCAUAUUUGUCUAAAAAGCUGGACCCAGUGGCCAGCGGAUGGCCCACGUGUUUAAAGGCCGUUGCUGCAGUAGCCCUACUCGUUAAGGAUGCUGACAAAUUAACUCUGGGACAGCAAAUAACUGUGGUAGCCCCCCACUCUCUUGAAAGCAUUAUCCGUCAGCCCCCAGACCGAUGGAUGACAAAUGCCCGGAUGACUCACUAUCAGAGUCUGCUGCUGACUGAACGGGUCGUGUUUGCUCCCCCCGCUAUUCUCAACCCUGCCACCUUCCUCCCUGAAACGGAUGAUUCCUCACCCGUUCACUGCUGUGCAGACAUCCUUGCGGAGGAAACUGGGAUCCGAAGUGAUCUACGUGACCAGCCGUGGCCAGGUGUUCCAAACUGGUACACAGAUGGAAGCAGUUUCCUAGUAGAAGGUAAGAGGAUGGCAGGGGCAGCGGUGGUAGAUGGUAAGCGAGUCAUGUGGGCUGGCAGCCUGCCAGAAGGUACGUCAGCUCAAAAAGCUGAAUUAAUUGCCCUCAUCCAGGCCCUUUGGAUGGCUGAGGGGCAGUCCAUCAACAUUUACACCGAUAGCAGGUAUGCUUUUGCUACAGCCCACGUCCACGGUGCCAUCUAUAGACAAAGAGGGUUGCUGACGUCAGCAGGCAAGGACAUAAAAAACAAAGAGGAGAUUUUGAGCCUCCUUGAGGCUAUUCAUCUGCCUGCCAAAGUGGCCAUUAUACAUUGUCCUGGACAUCAAAAAGGACACGAUGCUGUGACAAGGGGAAAUAAUAUGGCUGAUGUUAAAGCUAAACAGGCUGCACUCGGCCCUAAGAUUCUGCCCUUCAGGACUCAACAGAUAGAACCUCUCCAGAAAGUUGCCAGAACUGGAACUGUGUAGCCAGAGUUUUGAGUAUACACCUGAAGAUAUAAAACUAAUGGACAAUUUAGGGUUUACUGCAAAAAAUUCACAUGGCCAACGAGCAGCCAGUAAUGGUAAAAUAAUAUUACCACAAAAAGAAGGGAAGAGAUUUAUUGAAAAUAUACAUCGGCUGUCCCACCUGGGAGUCAAACACCUGCAAACACUGGUAAAAGCAUCUGCUUUUUAUGUUUUAAGACUCUCUGAUGUUGCAGAAGCAGUAGUUAAGAGCUGUGUACCGUGUGCCAUGACAAAUGCAGGACAUUCGAGAUAUCCCCCAGGGAGAAGACUACGAGGUGAUCGCCCUGGAGCUUAUUGGGAAGUAGAUUUUACUGAAGUAAAGCCAGCUAAGUAUGCCCUAGAAGUGGUCAGAAACACUGCCUGGGAGCAGCUCAAGGAGGCCUACGAACCAGGAGAUUUGAUGGUACCUCACCAGUUCCAGGUGGGAGAUACAGUUCUCGUCAGACGACAUCGAGCUGGCAAUCUAGAACCUCGUUGGAAAGGCCCUUACAUCGUGCUACUGACCACCCCCACUGCUGUCAAAGUAGAAGGCAUCUCUGCUUGGAUUCACGCCUCUCACGUAAAGCGAGCUCCUGGAGAACUUCAAGAUGAAUGGGAAUUGGAAAGGACUGAUAACCCUCUUAAGUUACGCCUAUGUCGUCGGCGCCAUCCUGAAAGAGAAGAAUGACAACCCACACCAGCCUAUGACUCUCACUUGGCAAGUAUUAUCCCAAUCAGGGGAAAUACUAUUUGCCACCUCAAAAUUAGAGCCUCCGGGGGCAUGGUGGCCAACCCUGUAUUUUUGCCUCCGCCAAAUCAUUCCUGCAGCCAGGAUUAUUCCUCCUAAUGUGGUUCGAAGCUAUGGGUUCUAUAGCUGCCCCGAGCACCUUAAGAGCUCCUGGUGUGGGGGGCCUAGGUGGUACUUUUGCAGUGAAUGGAGUUGUGUUACCUCAAACGAUGGAGAUUGGAAAUGGGCCGUUGAGCCAUCUGGGGAUGGAUUAGAAUUUUCUUUUCAAAAUAAGGGGCCAGGCAAGCGUGCAGUAAUGAGGCUAUACAGAAAUCAGGACUGUAAGCCUACAGAUUUAGACCGUGUGAAACUGCAGUUCACAAACAUGGGAAAGAAAUAUGCUCUUGCCCAGUGGAUUGGAGGCAUGACCUGGGGAGUUGUGUUCUACAAUUAUGGUAGUAGACCUGGUUCAUUGCUCCAUGUCCGUCUAAACAUUGAAAGUCCUCCAGCCCUGCCAGUAGGCCCUAAUAAGGUGCUCCCUGAGCCAAAUCGACCUUUUCUCCCAAGACCAGCCCCGACCUUACCCCACACUCAAAAGACUCACCAAAUGUCUUCCCCACAGAAAAACGUUUCGAGUCCUGUUCUGUACUCUAUAGCCCCAGAGCAAGUUGAACUAUCACCCACCCGACAAAGGCUGCUAGGCCUCCUCCAAGGAGCUUUCUCUGUGUUAAAUGGUACCAAUCCCAAUGCCACCAAGUCUUGCUGGCUGUGUCUAACAUCUGGACCUCCCUAUUACGAGGGGAUGGCAGUAAUAGGAACUUAUAAUAAUACCACCAGUCAUGAUCACUGCAGGUGGGGACGUAGCCACACACUCACCCUCACUGAAGUAUCUGGCAGAGGCACAUGCAUAGGAAAAGUGCCUCUGAGUCAUCGACACUUGUGUAAUGUUACCUAUGAGAGCCCCCGGACCAAAUUGACUUAUUAUUUGUCACCUGGUCCCAAUAAGUGGUGGGCUUGCAGCACUGGAUUGACCCCCUGUAUAUCGACGUCAGUGUUUAAUGACAUUAGAGACUAUUGCAUCCUGGUGCAGUUAGUGCCCAGAGUCAUCUACCAUCCCUCAGAAACUUUUGUUGAUGAGUUUGAUAGACGGCUGACUCGCCUUCGCAGGGAGCCUGUGACUAUGACUUUGGCCGUGCUUUUAGGGGUAGGAGGAAUAGCAGCAGGAAUCGGAACUGGAGCUGUGGCCCUAGACAGCGUGCCCCGCUAUUAUAAUCAGUUAAGACAAGCAAUGGACACUGAUAUUGCGGCCCUAGAACAGUCUAUUACUAAGUUAAAAGAAUCUUUAACAUCCCUGUCAGAGGUAGUUCUUCAGAAUCGCAGGGGGUUAGACCUGCUUUUCCUUAAAGAAGGAGGGUUGUGUGCUGCCUUAAAAGGAGAAUGUUGCUUUUAUGUAGACCAUUCUGGAGUCAUAGAAGACUCCAUGAGCAAGUUAAGAGACAGACUAGAAAAGAGAAAACGAGACCGAGAAGCACAGACUGGAUGGUUUGAAGGACUUUUUAAUAAAUCCCCUUGGUUGACCACCCUCAUUUCUACCUUGAUGGGCCCUCUAAUAAUUUUGCUUUUAUUGCUGACAUGUGGCCCACUAAUCCUUAAUAAACUAAUGACCUUUGUUAGAGAGAGGAUUAGUGCUGUUCAGUUGUUAGUAUUAAGACAACAAUAUCAGUCUUCAUAGACCCUUGAAGAGGUUGCAGUCUAGUUCUAAGAUUAGAACUAGUAACUAGAAGAAGUGGGGAAUGAAAGAUUCUGGCAGAAUGUAAAAGGUCAUAGAAGCCCUGAAAUUGGUAAAAUAGAUUUUAUUGUUAGUAGAACUGGCUUCAUUGAUUUAGAAAAAUAGAGGUGCACAAUGCUUUGGCCACUCCUCGAACCUGUGUGCCUGCCAAUGUUCUGACCAGGUGUGUGCCCAUUGCUGUACCUUCAUUAGAUUUUUUCCUUGUUUCCCUCCCAUACCCAUUUCUUGAGGAAUCAAUCAUUUUAGAAUAGAUAUUGUUUAGAUCUGGAAAUCCCCUAAUCUCCCCCUUCUCCUUUCCCCCCGAGGGCCUAUAAAAACUGGAAACUCUUUUUCCUCGGGGACGACUCCUCUACCCCUGCGUGGGAUAUGAGUCGUCCCCAGAGCUCUGGCUUUCCCCAAAUAAAGCCUCAUGUGGUUUGCAACAA